UAGAAUUCAAGAUCAUCUAGAUCUAUUAUUAUUUAUUAUAUACUAUGACAUGAUUCAUUAUAAUCAUUAUACUGAUUAUAGACUAGUUGAGUAUGAUCCAGAUAUAGAUGUAAUCUAGUAAUAAAAAAAUAGUAAUAUAUGUACUACAGAAAAGUAACAGAUCCAUCCUUACUAACUUACUUUUUAUUGAUUUAAAAUCUAGAUUUAGAUCUAGUAGAAUCUAGAUAUAACUAGACCUUUGUCACUGACAGUGACAAUGUCAGUGACAGUGAUGACUGAUGUGACCAUCUUGUGAUGAUCUAGUUUACUAUAACUAGACUAUAAUAUAGAUGUAGUAAUUAGAUCUAGAUCUAUAUAUAAUAUACUUAUAUACAGGUAGCUGAUACUCCCAACGCCUAAGGGGCUUCACUCCUGAUUUCUCCUCGAGGUUGUCUCCUGAAGCCUCAGUACGCAAGGCAGCGGGGGUUUGAAGUCAGAGUACCCCUCUCCUAGAUGAACUGCCUUACUAGGCUGACAAGCUCCAUCUGCCCGAAGCUCCCGGUUUUGUGGCGCCAGGUAUCCGCCUUCACCUGUUAGUAAGAGCAGUUUCGCUGGGCUUAAUAUCUAAGCGAGCAGGCCAGGUGCUGGACUUAGUUGUCAGAGGCUAUUUGAGACGCAUGCCAUUAGGAGUAUUUUAUAGACAAUGGGAGCUUAACCCCAUUGACACCCCUGGCCAUGACAACCUUUGAUUUGACCAAGGCCUUUGACCUUGUUAGCAGAAGCGAUAUGUUUGCUGUACUAGAGAGAAUCGGCUGCCCAAAUAAGUUAAGAAAACUAGUGUCAGCUUUUCACGAAAAUAUGCAGGGCACUGUUCAGUGUGAAAGUUCUUCCUCCAGGCCAUUCUCCAUUAAGAGCGGUGCAAAACAAGGAUGCACUAUUUGGCAUCUUCUUCUCAGUCGUACAAACCAGUGCUUUUAAAUCCCUGGAAGACGGAAUAUAUAUCCAUAGCAGAUCCGAUGGAAGGCUCUUUAACCUGGCAUGUCUUAAAGCCAAAACGAAAAGGCGUCGUAUCUUGAUAAGGGAGCUGCUGUUUGCAGAUGACGCGGCACUCGUAUCUCACUCCCAAGGAGGUCUACAGAAGCUAGUGAACGCCUUAGCAGCUGCUUGUCAAGAGUUUAGCCUUACUAUAAGUCUCUCCAAGACCGAAAUCCUGGCACAAGACGUUGCAGAAAUACCUAUAAUACAAAUUGGGAACCACACCCUUUCAGUGGUGCAGGAAUUUACCUACUUGGGUUCAACAAUUGUCAGUAACCUAGACUUAGACAUCGAGCUGACAAAAAGGAUAGGAAAAGCUACCACAGCAUUGGCAAAACUCUCCAAGCGCGUCUGGGAAAAUGGUAAAUUGACCACAGCAACCAAAAUCCUAGUCUACAAUGCCUGUGUUGUGAGCACUCUCCUUUAUGGCAGUGAAAGCUGGUCAACAUACAUGUACCAAGAGCACAGAUUGAUUAGUUUCCACUUGCGCUGCCUGAGACGCAUAAUGGGCAUCUCUUGGAGGGACCAUGUCUCCAAUCAGCCAAUAUGAACAGCAUGUAUGCUUUCAUGACACAAAGAAGAUCACACUGGCUCGGACAAGUCACCCGCAUGCCAGAUGGUAGAAUCCCGAAAGAUAUCUUAUAUACUGAGCUUGUGGAAGGAGUCAGACCCAAGGGCCGCCCAAGACUAACAUAUAAAGAUGUCUGCAAGCGAGACAUGAGAGCCACAGGCAUCAGCGAAAGUAUGUGGGAAAACAUAGCCAAAGACCGGAGUGCAUGGAGACAGACUGUGCAUGCUGGGACAACCCUUGCUGAGAACAAAAGAAUUGAAGCGGCCUUAAUCAAGAGGGAAAAAAAGAAAGCUGCCCUGUCCGCUAGCCCUAAAUCAGAGGCAUACACAUGUACGAAUUGUGGCAAAGUCUGCCGUUCUAGAAUUGGCUUAAUUAGCCACACCAGAUUCUGCCCCGUCUCAAGAUUAAGCCAAAACCAGUGACUCAUUUGUGCGCAUCCAUUGCCUUUCGAGACAAAAGGAGCCAUAUAUAUACAGGUAGUCCUCGGGUUACGAUGGUCUCGACUUACGUCGUUUCAUGGUUACAACGCUGUUUAAGACUGCUCAGUCUGACUUACGCAGUUUUGUGACGUAUGUCGAAUUACAUGCAGUGGCGGAGGAAUACAUUUAUACAGUAGUGUAGUCCAGUACUGUACACAAGAGGACAACUAGUCUCCUGCAUGCCAUAGGACCCUUCAUUAUGGCUCCCAAACGUAAGCCAGACUCAUCUGACCCUAAAGAAAAGGAUGCAGCAAAGAAAAUGAAGGCCAUCACCAUGGAGGUGAAAGUGGACAUCAUAAGGCGAUCUGAUAAGGGGGGGGGGGGAACACCAACAGAAAUUGGCAGGUCAUUACAAAUUAGUCAGAUCCUGUACUUGUACCCUCUACCUCACCUGCCUCUCUCGACUCACCUGCCCCAGUAUCUCCAGCAAGUUCUGUAGCUUCCUCUCAAUAAGCUUGUUCUCUCUUUGGCAUUGUUAUUUUUGUUUAUUACAGUACACUGUUUAUUACUGUUACACCACUUACUGUACUGUAUAGUACAGUACAGUAUUUCAUUAUUAAAAUUACUUUUCUGCACGAUAUUUUACUGUUUUUACUGAUAAUUAUGUAUUAGAAUAGGUGUAUGGAUAGGCUAAGUGUUUGCAGUACAGUACAGUACUGUUAUUAUGCUACAGUACUCUGUAUGAAUGUAUGAUCCGACUUACGUCGAAAUUUGGUUUACGCCGCCGCUUAGGAAUGGAACACCAUCAUAAGUCGAGGACUACCUGUAUAUACUUAUGACUAUCAUAUUUAUCUAGAUCUGAGGUCUAUUUAUUUUAGAUCUAGUCUCAGAGUGGCGACUCGUCUAAUAAUUAAUAAUAACAAUUUUAUUGAAUAAUAUUGUAUAUUUGUAUAUUAUAUAGAUCUCUCUCUAUAAAAUCUAUAGUAAAUCCACCAAAUUUUGCACAUAUAACCAGCAGGCUAAAAUUCACGUUUUUACAAACAAAUGGCAGCUGUGUGGGGUUUUCAAAAUUGAAUUUACUCAAAAAUAUAGUUUAACAGAAACUAUGAUUAUAGCAGUAGGUCAUUUGACCUCCUAUAGUUUGCUGCGUGGUUGGGAAAUGGUUGUGAAAUGUACAUUGGAAUGCUUUAUGAGCACCUCAUUAUAAACUCAAGAAAACAAACAUUAUAGAUGCGACAAAGAAUCUCUAAUAUACCAGUAAUCAAUUGUGACAAGUAAGCAACUAAACUCAUUUGCCAAUACCAGAAAUGUCAUAUUGUAUAUUUUAUACAAUCCAUCGUCAUUGUCCUCACUAUAGUUAUUGUAGCCAUUGAAACUUGUAUAAUAUUCAUUGUCUUCUUCCAAUAAGUGAAACAUAUUGGCAGCAACAGUAGGGACACUAAAUGGAAACUUUACAUGCAGGGUAUAGUAUAUAAGGGUGUGGGUUGUAUGAUUUUGUUUUUACUUAUAUUUAUUGUGUAAUUUCUGCUGGGCAUGUGCGCUUAAUCCUAUUGCCUUAAUUAGUUUCGACUCUACUAUCUAGUUUAGAGAAGAGUAGAGUCACUAGAUUUAGAUCUAUAUCUAUGAAAAAAUAGUAGUCUACACUUGACUCAGUUAUUGCCUUUAGGCUUCCUUUAUAUGAAUUACAGACAUUGCUUCUUAACAGAAGUCAGUGUGGACAAGACUUGAGUAGAGUCAGUCUGAGUAGUAGUUGCAACUGUCUAGUUUAAUUUUAAACAUCUAGAGACUUAGUCUAGUUAUUGCUUGAUCUAGAAUCUAGAUCUAAUCCAGACUGAUUAAGUACCAAAUAAUUAGUUUAGUAAAAGAUAAAAAAUCCAUGAUAGAUCUAGAUCUAGUGGCCUUAGAGAAUGGAAAAUGUUGCCUGAUUCAGCCAGGAAAAUAAAUGACUUAGCAGAGUUUGUCACUAAUUAACCUACAUGAUUAGAUUGACACAUGAAAAGUGUCAAACUUAAUUAUCUUUUUUUUCAAAAUAACGUCUCAAGUUGGUGUUUCCUGGCUGAUUCAGCUAUCCAUUCCAUUCUCUAAUGGCACUAGGUCAGCUAUCCAUUUCAUUCUCUAGUGAAGAAGGAGCACUUGUAUGAAUGUAUGGAAUAGGAAAUGUGCCUCAAUCUUGUCUUUCAGAGUAUUUCAUUUUAUACUUUUAUUAAAAUCUUGUACAUUUCUUUCAUUUCACUAACUAGUCAUGAGUAAAUAUUGAAUAUUGGUAGCUUUUAAAGAUAAUGUCAGGCUUAAAGCGUGGGCAUGAGGAUGUUGAUCCUGAUUAUGCAGAUAUUGGAAAUGAGCAGACAAAAAGACAAAGGGCUCUUGAAGAAGAUGCCAAACUUGCUGUGUGUCAGCGUAUACAGAACAUAGUUAGAAAUGAGUUUGUUAAAGAAAUAAGUAAUAAAGAAUCUGAGCUCCAACAAGUUGAUAAACGUUUAAGUGAAGCCAGAUUAAUGAUGGACAGACUACGAGCUUGUAUUGUUGCUACUUAUUAUGGACAAAGUAACUCUGCAACUAGUACACAGACAAACAGUGCUAAUGCUCCGCCUUCAUCCAUUCACAAUGCUGUGAAAAAAUAUCUAGGCAAAACUCCUAGCCAUCAACAUUCAUCUACCUCUCAUGUUGAGUUACAAUAUAUGCCAGAAAAAUGUCAAGAAGGAAAAACUCAGUUCACUCCUGUGGGGAAUGAAGUCAAGACAUGUAACACUUCAAGUAUUCCUUCACAACUUUCAUCAUCACUACAAACUAAUGCAGCUCCUAAAUCAGUGCCCCCUGAUACAAUGAUCUAUGAUGACAGAAGGUCAAGAUUUAAAAUUAAGAAAAAAAUUAUUGUGGGCAAUGUUUCAAAAUAUAUUCCAGUGGACCAUAGGGAAGCUAAUGACAUGUCGAGUCAUAAAUGGAUGGUCUAUGUGCGAGGUCCCAGGGCCACUCCUGAUAUCUCUGGUUUUGUUAAGAAAGUUUGGUUUUUUCUUCAUCACAGCUACAAGCCUAAUGACUUAGUAGAAAUUAGCUCUCCGCCCUUCCACUUGACUCGACGAGGCUGGGGGGAAUUUCCUGUGCGAGUUCAACUGCAUUUUGUUGAUCCUCGGAAUAAAAAAGUGGAUAUCAUUCAUCACUUAAAGUUGGACAAAACUUUCACUGGCUUACAAACUCCAGGUGCUGAAACUGUUAUUGAGGUGGAGUUAGAAAAAGAUUUUUUUGAGCCAUCUGACAGUAGUGCCGUCAUCAAGUACAACACACCAUCUGACAGUAGUGCCAUCAUCAGUACAACGCAGUCAAGUUUCUCCUCAACAUUCUCUACAAAACAAGAGACUCACUCUGAACAAUCAUUAGAAAAACUCGUACACAGUGACCAUAAUACUGCUGACUCAGAAGAUAAUGCCGAUUGUGUCAACCACCAGGUCAAGAUGGAGGAGUCAACCAGUCCAGGGAAAUGUGUACAACCAGAAACCAAUAAUGGUGAAUCAGAUAAAAGAAGUAUAUCAGUAAAUGAAGAGUAUAAUGUCACCAUAGCUCAUGAUGACAUUGAGGAGAAUAUUGUAGAUGUCACUGAGGUAGAACAGCCUGCAACUUCAGUGUCAACUUCUCGCAUUAAAAAACCUUUCCUUAACAUAGAUCAAGGAAAGUCAAGUCAUAGGUCUGCAACAUUAACUACGAAUCAUGUCAAUAUUAAAACUGAUCCAGGCUUAGAUUCUUCUGGUAGUGAUGCUUCAGUUGUAAAUAAAGAACAUUUUGUUACUGUGGCUACUGCUCCAGUAUCAACCUCCGUCAGUACUCCAGUUUCUCAUCAACAGUUGGUAGAGACUGCUAGCAUACAGGUAUCUACACCCAACAUUUUUCUAGUUCCUUCAUCUGCAGGUACAGAUUGUACCAGUAAUAUACACAUUUUGGGUGCGUCCUCUUUGUUAGCCAUGCAACAAAAAGACUCAAACUUGUCCAGUACACAGAAAUUAAUUGUACUGAAUUCACAGGUGAUACCAAAGCAAGAACCAACACCAGUUAUAGUCAGACAUUCAUCAAAUAUCCCUCAGACUUCAGUAGUUAGAUCUGUGGCACCUAAACAAGUUUCAUUAUUGACUGGUCUUGUAGUUCAGCCAUCUAGUCCUCAGAUCUCAACGUCAUUAUUAGCUCAAAGGCCAAAGUUAUCAAAUUCAGUCAAUCCUAGGCCUCAGAUGUCAACUUCAUUUUUAGUUCAAAGGCCAAAGUUAUCAAAUUCAGUCAAUCCUAGGCCUCAAAACUCAACUUCUUUACUCCAAACGCCACAGUUAUUAAAUGCAACCAAUCGUCUUCCUCAAAACUCUGCUUUAUUUUCACCACAAGGACAACUAUUAAUAAAUUCAUCCAAUCAGCCAUCCCAGAUCUCCACUUCAUUAUUGCCUCCAAGGCCCAAGCUAUUCAACUCAUCCAAUCAGACUUUUGUUCUUAACAAAGCUACCAAUCAAAUUGUAGUUGUGAACAACUCAGUACCUCAGAUUGUUCAACCAGCUAAUCAGUCAGCUGAGCUUAAAAAUCCUGUCAUUUAUCCAAUGGCAGUCAAGUUAAUCAAUCCAACCUUGCCAAUACAGAGAUCAACUAAACAAAUUUCCCUUUUGACAACUAUUGGUAGUUCCCAAAAGAACCAGGGCACUGCUAGUAAUGCCAGUGUUACACCAAACCAACAAGUUAUAUUGACUAGUUUAGAACCAGUAAUACCUAGUGUUAAAAUGUCUGCCAUUGGAAUAACAAAACAUGGAUCUCAGAGAGCCAGUGGUAUUAAACAGGAACACAAAUUAUUAACAGAAGAAGAAAGAAAGAAAGGACAGUAUGAAAUACUCAAAGCUUGGAAAGAGAAUCCUGAACUCUAUGAAAGAAAUUCUAUCAAAUCUAAAAAAAUUAUUCUGGCUUCAAAAGAUCGGUUGGAAGGUGAAGCUGAAAUAAUUCCAAAUCUUGUAAUUGAAGAUUAUACAAGCAUGUCUGCAUUAUUAAAAGAAGCAGUCAAGCUACAUCCUUUGAUACAAGAACAUGUCAAUAAAUUGACUCAUCCAUAUUGUGCCCAAUCACUUGAGCAAUGGUUAUCAUGGCCAGUUGGGAAACAGAGAGCUUGUGAGUGGCAUAGAGCCUGUUUCAUCAAUAAAUACCUAAAGAAAUGCCUAAACAAUCAAACAGAAUUUAAAGGGGAACAAUUAAAGACUACUAGAAACUUAGUCAAAUGGUGCAGACUCCAUGCAUUCAGUCCAAUUGCACACUUUAAUAGCUCUACCAACUUGGUGCAACAAGCUCACAAUAAUAUUGAAGCUGAACUGAUUGCUGGAGACUUUGAAUCCAUCUGUUCAUCCUUCACACCACUUUCAGACUUCAACAAGGAGUUGUCCACCUUUAAAGUCAAUGGAGAUACACACGAUAUAGAAUUGGAUAUUAUAACAAUAGAACAAAAAAGCUCAAAAUGUAGAAUAAAAAAAGAAGUGGAAGAUGCAGACAUCUCUGGAGCAGCAUUGCAAUAUCUACCACCUUCUGAAGGAGCUGAAUUUGUUUAUGAUGAACUUAGAAAAAGAGGUUUGAAACUAGAAACUACAGAAUUAGAGCCAGGGAUCUAUUCCUGUAUAGUCAUGGACAUGCUGUAUAAGGCUAUGGUAGAAUUUGCUUCAGACAUCAUAAGAGAAGCUUCUUCAGUUCUGUCACAGACCAAGAGAACGUCUGAUCCAGUUCUGAGCAGACAGAUUGUUCACUUAACAUUAACUCAACUUCCUGAAGCUGGAUUUUGUUGUGACAAAUUUCUUGGGAAAGAAGACAAUAUUGAGUGUGGCAUUAGGUGACAGCUCACAUCUAUGGACUUGGGAAUAUAUAUAUAUAUAGUGUUAGUCAAAGAUGUCAAGAUAUAAUAAAGAUAAAAUCUGCUUACUGUAGAUCAUGAAAUAAAUGUAAUGAAAGAGUCUAUUAAUGUUAUAAUAAAAAAAAUUCUUUUAAUGACCAUAUCACUGUUUAACUAGGUCAUUUUAUUUAUCAUUUAUUAAAUUAUGACCUUACUCCAGUGUUUCCCAAAGUGGGGUAUGCGUACCCCCAGGGGUAUGAGAAGAGUUUUUGAAGGGGAUAUGUGCUGCAAAUCAUUAACUAUGCUGAUUUUGUUUAAAAUAUGCACUUUUUACUUUUAAAUAUAUGGAGAAAUUGAGUUUCUUUUUCAUACCUAUGGCUAUCUUAAAGGAAAAAUUCUAAUCAAUUAUUUGAAAUUAUACAAUUGUUAAUGAUAUAUUUCAGAUAAAAAAAAUUUUUUGGACUAAAAUAUUCAUAUUAAAUAUUUACUUUAAAAAAAAAAAUAUAAGGAAAAUGGGAUUAAGUUUACACAUACUAUAUAUCUUUCUAGUAAAUAUGGCGUGCUAUUAGAUAUCAGUAGUAUAAGCCUACAUGGAAUUUUAUUAACUCUUUCCAAAACGUGUAUGGGCUUAAAAAAAUCCUGACCUGGGGUCACCACUUACUUAAAUCUGGCCCUGGUUCUACAACAUCAUUUUGAUUACACAUCUGGAUAGGCAAACAGGUAGCAAAUAUGGCCCUUUUCAGAUUACGUUGGGUGAUCUUUUCACUUAGUUAUUAAAUCUAAUCAAGGGUGAGGCAGAAAGAGAGAUCUGACAACCCAGUCCAGCAAGUCUGCCAUGCUGUUCCACAAGGGUGCCGUCAUCAGAGACAUGUGGCUGUAAUGAGAGUCCUUCCAUGGCUUUGUGGCGGAUACAGAAUGGGAAUGAAGAAAUUGGUCGUGGUUGGUGUAGCCUUCAGUUGCUUCUAGAUAGUGGGCCCAGGAUCGGAGUCUGCACACUACGUAUGUGUCUCAACUUCUCAACCCAAUUGUAAUAACUGUCGCUGCCAUUGUGGAACCUUCAGACAGGUCUUGGAGUGAAGAGCUCCCGAUUCACUCCUGGCUUUAGAAGAAAUCCUUUCUAAAAGUCAAAGGAAUAAUGGAGCAAACUAUUGGACGUGGAACCGCAUCUCAGAUUAAAAUUAACAACCAGGGAACCAAAUUAAGAUGCUCUGUCAUCUCAUCACAACAAUUUUAUUAUUCUCAUUGAUCCAAAUAAAUGUAAUAUAUAAUAUAGCAUUUAUUUAUAUUUUUUAUGAACAAUUUGUUUUAUGUUUAUUUUUUUAUUUUUGGGUGGGGGAGGGAUGGGGCAAGAGGUACUUCAGAGUUAUCAAAAUUAUUGACAUUUGUAAAGUGUAAUGUAAAGUCUAAUGCAAAUAGAGUUCUGGUUGUAAUAAGUAAUUUGAAUAUUUUAAAGAUGGAAAAGAUGUGUAAAACUUCAUCUGUUUAUUGAGUCCAAAUUAAUAUCAUUUAGAAUAUUCAACUAAACUCUUUUGUGUUUAUCAAUGACACUGUGACUGAUCAGUACAUUCAGCAAUGAGAUUAGUUUGAAUCUUUCCGUAUGCAGAUUCUAUCAAAGUUCAUUUUGUACAGGUCUUGUCCAAAUGACACGAAAUUAUUGGAAGAAAAAAAUAUUAUGCCAAUUUCAUAAAUGUGUACAUGAGUGCGAAAAGUUGACUUUAACAAAGAGUUUAUUGAGGUUACUACUCAUGGAAAAAUACUCCGUGCUUCAAUAUUUUGACAUUGCUAUUGUAUCUGUUUGAACUUGUCAAUACAAUUUAAAAGCAAUAAAAAUAUUUUUAAUAAUUUGAAAUAAAAAAAUCUAGAUUUU